GCCACUUGGGCAGCGUGGCUCCUCAUUGACUGCCUUCUUCCUUUUGAAUGUUUGCCUCUGGGCCACCAGCCCUGACAGUGAAAUGUAAGGUAUCAAAGAGUGUGCUGAAUUGAACCUUUAGCAGAUUAUUGCAGUCAGUAUAGCAGGAGAUGACAUAACAUCACAAGACAGCUGUAAAUCUUAAGUGCAGAAAAACAGCUUCAGAAUGAAGGGCUUGUGUUCAACAAGGAAACUGUGCAGCACUUUGAAGAUGCUAUUAAAUCCAUCAAGAAACUGGAAGAGGAGAGGAAACAUACUAUUGAACUGUGGGAAGAGGAGACCAUCAAAAACAGCAAUCUCCGUGUCCAAAUCAAAGGGUUCCCAGAGCUUGUAAUGAAGGAGUUUGAAGAACUCGUGGCUGCUGCUCAUCGCUAUCGUUUUAUCAAGAUAAAUGAGACUGAGACGUCCAUAAACGAGAUCUCCACUGCAAUAGAAUCAGCAUAUUCAAAGCAGACUGUCUCUAAAGACCAAAACGCUCACCUGUGCGAGGAGGAAAUGGAGUUGUGGGCUGAGCACGAAGAAGCUGUUGAAUUGUUGAACGAGACGAUGGAAGCGAAACAUAAGGUCAACAUUGAGAUAAAUGAGCUUCACAAUUUGAAAAAAUAUGAGGAGGAAGAAAUUGGCAGGCAAGAAAGUGCCAUCCAAGAGCUGAAGCAAAUAAUGGCUCAAGAGGCCUCUGAGUUUAAAACAAAGAAAGAGUGGCUAUAUGCACAGAUUGAAGAAAUCAAAAGUAGGCUUGCGGCCAAGAAGAUUGAAGGUGCACAGAAGAAGGAAGAAUAUGUAGAAUUGUAUAAUGUAUGGAGAGAUAUGCAGAGGGAAAUUGCUGAGCUUCAGAAGCUCCACAGUUCUCAGAGGGAUGAGCUAUCAGAACUCUUCAAGAACAUCAGACAACUAAUUAAAACAUAUGAAGCAAAAAAGGCAGAGAAGGAGGAUCUCAUCAAAAAAAAGUCUGAUCUUACACAUGAGGCAGCUAAAAUGGGUACAGACUUCGAUCAGGAAGCAGAAGCGCUGCGACAACGGAUAGAGGAGGCUGAAGAGAAGCUGGAAACGAUUAUGCGAGCCUAUAGAAAGCUAAAAAACGAAAACGAUGCUCUCAGCACACAGUUUAAUAUUUUAUCUGAAGAGGAAGAUCAGGCCUGUGCUCUAAGAGACCAGCUUGCGGAAGAAUUUGAGAAGUUGUCCAACAGGCUCACCGAAAAGCUUGACCUCGUAGCAAAGCGCUUGGUGGAGUUGAGAGACCUGGAGGAGGAGACGGAUCGCCUGCAGAACCUCUAUGAUUCCUCACAGACCGGCUAUAGCAGAGAGCUAGGAGGUUUAGAGGUAACAUUAAACAAAGAAGCUGAGAGAAGAGAAACGCUUCAGAACCAACUUGCUGAAAUCACAGCCAUGUAUGAGAAAGUUUUGAAUGAUCAGGAAGAGUUACUGACCACUUCAAAGGAAAAGUCAGAUGCUGGUAAAAUGCAUCUUAAUACCUUAAUAAAGCAGAAUGAAGAACUCACGGUAGAACUAUUGAGGAUCCAAGACAUGGCCAAGCAACUUGCCAGCAAACUGCUUAAAAGGCAAGGUUACUACAAAAAACGUGAUGCCAAAGUGGAAGCGGAAAUCACUAAACUUGAGAACGAAUAUCAUACCGUAACAAAACUUACAGAGGAAAAGGAAGAACAACUGAAAGUUAAUAUCCCACUUUCGGAGCAGUUGAGAGUGGAAUUGGAGGAACUAAAUGCUGAAUAUACCAUCCGGAAGGACUUGUAUGACGAACUCCAGGAAGAGAUGCUCACACUAACUAAGUGCAUAGACAAGUCGACAAAGGAGACCGCCAAACUCACCAGGCUAAAGUCUUAUGCAAAGAAUGUAAUAAGGACCAACAGGGAGAAAGCAUUGCAUCAGCUGCAAAGCUUCACACAUUCUCUGAAGUACCUUGAGAGAGACAUCUAUGAGAUUAAUAGGAGGCUGUACAUUUUGAACGGAGAAAACGACAGAUUAAGAGCAGGCAUUGCCUUUCUCAAAGAAGAUAUCUCUGAAAUCGAAAGUGAGGCAAAACUCUUUCGGUCAGAGAGGCAAGAAACCCAGAAAGCUACAAAGGAGCUUCAUGGACUUUAUGUCAAGAAGUGGAUAAGGGACACCAAGCUUCAACAGUUUUUCUUGAGGUACCAGAAAGACAUCAUGAUUAUUCUGGAUGAGUAUAUAAGGAAACACAGGAAAAGGAACGACAAGCUUGACUAUGUUUACGACGGGCUGCAGCUAAACUAUAUGGCAAUGGAGUCUCUGUUAGAAAGCAGAUCAGACCUGGGUGACGAGGGGCAGGAAUCUGAACAGUAAUCACAAAGGCCCUGCGACCGCAUAUAUCCUUCUUUCUUAGCCUACCUUUCCUGCAGCAGGAAGCCCAAGAUUGACAGUACCUAUUUGCGAAUGGUCAGAGAAAUGAAGAGACUGCAAGAGCUGUGGACUGAAGUCGGAACACUGAGCUUUAUUCUUCUACAUAUCAUUCUUCAAAGACGUGAUAAAAUACUGCACUCAGAAAUAAAAGUUACACAGUUUCCAGA